UUCGAUGUGUUUUGUUGAGGUUGCUGAUGCUCGCUUCGCGUGAUUAUUUCCCAUUCGAUUCCGCGAACAAAAUACACAGAAAGGUAGUCAACUGCGAGGGAGUAAGAGAGAGAGAGAGAGAAAAAAAAGAACGGAAGAGAGUGAGUGGUGUUGUUAUGCUUGCGUUGUGAACGAAGGCAUUGCUCGAUAAUUAACCGAGGGAUUGUCGCGGCCCGCAAUGUCGAACCAAAUAUGUCUAAAAUGGAACAGCUUCCUAAACAACAUUGCGACAAGCUUCGAAAGCCUCUGGGAAGAGGAAGGCCUCGUCGACGUCACCCUCGCCAGUGACGGGCAGUGCCUUACGGCACACAAGGUGAUCCUUUCCGCCAGCAGCCCCUUCUUCAAGAAGGUCUUUCAGACCAACCCAUGCCAACAUCCGGUGAUAAUAUUGCAAGAUGUUCACUUUCGGGAGCUGGAAGCACUGCUCAUCUUUAUAUACAAGGGCGAAGUGAACAUAGAGCAACAGAAUUUACCGGCGCUUCUCAAAGCGGCUGAGACAUUGAAAAUUAGAGGCCUUUCUGGCGGAGAUAUGUUCGCUAAAGAAUCGUACAAGAGAUUCGUGGAUCAGGAUAAUUCAGAAGUCGACGAUGUUACGCCGACCAAAAACGAUACACCUAAAAAGAAACAGAAGGUUGGCAAGAGAGCCAAUAAUUCUAUCCUUGAAAAAGCACUGACCCCUCAGUUACCGCUGAAUGAUAACACCAGCGACACCACUACCUCAAAUGUUGAACAGAACUUCAAGGAACCGGAUCCAACGCCCGACCCUGUUCUUUUACGAUUAGAAAUGAAAACAGAGCCGUUAGAAAUCCAUGUGGAAGAUUUUCAGAAGCGUUUACCAAUCCACAAAGAUGGGCUGGAGCGACUGGACACAGGGCAAAGUGACCCUACACAAGGGUCUGGGAACAGCCCUGCUGAAGAUAUAUCUGGUUUAUCCGGUCUAUCUGGGAUACCUGGAAUACCGGAGGAGAAGCCCGUCGCUAUUUACGCCUACCAGCAGCUACCCCAUGCGGAUCUUCUGCCGAGCCCAGAUGUGAUCGCAACGUGGGCAAGUUCCCGGCCGAUAGACGCCCUGGCUUGUGAUCUGAUGAAAAUUUUAUUCACCCCCGAAGAGAGGAUCUUGUGCAAUGUUAAUGGAAAAAUGGGCAAGCAGCAAUUUGACAGCAGCAAAAUACACCUGAUAAGAGAAGUACUCCUUCACUUCAGUGGGAUUGCAUCGGAUAGUCUGGAAUGGGAGGAAGCUUGGAAAAAUUGCGUAACCAAAAUUGAUACGAGUAACAGAGGUUUGAAAAGGUACUUAUUCCAAAGACGAUCUGUUUACUCGCAAUGACUAGGGCGUUCCAAGUCGGUGAUUAAACGGAAACGUUUUCACUGGCUGGAAUAAAACUUAUGUGUUAAUAGUCGUUAGUGUUGUCGAAAAAUUUACUUUACGGUAGAAGCCUGAUAACUAGAUCUAUUCUAUUUUGUGGAAGAUCCAAUUUCAGCAUUCCCAUUUUAUCUACAUUCAUAAAUAUUAUUCCCGCCCAUAUGGCAAAAAUUAUACACAGUACUCAACCUGGUUAAAAUUGAUAUGAACAAUGCUGUUGUCUGAAACAAGCAAAUCAAAAAGUUCCUUACUUUUGGCUCACAAAGCAGUUGUGCUAAGAUGAACCAUCAAUUUUUCACCUUCUUUCACUGGUCCUAUUGCGUAGAGGGCAAGAUAUUUAGCUUCUACCGUAUUUUCGUUUAGCUUAAAUUUCUUGAUCCGCCAAAACCAUUGAUGUCCAAUUUUUCAAUCGGGCAUGUCAUAGCGAAUAAAAACUGUUGCUUUUUAGAAGAUUUUCCAUUGUGAUUUAUUUUUAUGGUAUACAUAUCGAUAGGUGCCAUAUGCAAAACAUUUCCUGAUAAAUUUAAUUAGAAAAAGGUAUGCAACAGUUAGCGCACUUCUUUUUUGGCUCUCUGAUAUCUUAUAGCUUUUACGUUUCGAUUUAUUUACUUGUUACGUAUUCUGGGUUAAAAAUUUGACAACAGUUACAAACUCAUAACUUCGAAUUUUUGGAAUAUCGUUUGCGAAACAAUUGCAUAAUUUUGACUGGCUGAUAAUUACUGUGUUUCAAAUUGAGUUCCUUUCCCUCGCAAGAGGACAGCACGAGAAUCAGUUUACAGAAAACAAUGUACAAAUUUUUUAUAACCACCUAUAAUGGAUGAAUAUUCUACAAACAGAAAACCAAUUCAAAGCAUGUUUCAUUGCUUUAAGAUGCGACUUCAAAUUUAAAUCUGAGCAUCAGAAUUUGAGAUUGAUGCUUAAUUCUUUUUCCAAAUAUAUUGGAUUUCUUUCACACAAUGAAAUAAUAAAUAAGGUCAGAGUGGACAAAGACAUGUGAUUAUUUCAAUCAUACUGCACUAUGUGCCUUGAGGUGUGAAAUAACCGAAAGACCGAGAUUCUUGGAUUGGGUUGGUUUCAGUUUGGUUCAUCUUACACAAAGAGUAUUUUUUAUCGAAGUUUUAUAGCACUAAUGUAAAUUUUUAUCCGUAUGUAAACAAACUUUACAUCCUCGCAGGAAAUACAUCAAAGAAUACUCACUUGUUGCUUGAAUAAUGUUAUAUUUUUUAGAUAUUUGUUUGGUUACUUAUAUAUCGGAUGAGAAUUAAACAUAUAUAAUACGUAUAGAUACGCAGGCUCUGUUUUUUUGAAAAACGCUUUGAAACUAUCGUUAUUUCAAUUUACAGGAAGAAAAUAUUAAGAUCGCGCCGGCUCGUGAAUCAUGUUUUCAGUUAUAGGGACUCUAGGUAACAGUAACAUUCCUACUAGAACGAUGAUUUUUUUUUCGGAUUCUAAAACGGUGUGUACUUGGCCAACCACGAGAAGAGAAUUCGCUCGCACUUGUUAAGCUUCCUUGGAUAUACAAAUAUCGCAGGCAUCAGCCGCCGGCGAGCGUCUCUUGCUUUAUCUUUUCAUGGCAGGUUGAUUUAAUAUUCGUUAUAAUUAGUAAUUAUCAUACGUAGUUCUAGAUAGGUCAUAGAACAACUACAAUUAAUUAUGUAAGCCUCAAUAUAGUUAAUUAAGAGAAGAUGUUUGCUAUUGAGUUAUAUAAAUCUAAAAGGGCUGUAAUAUGCUUGUAGCGAUCGACGUGUAACAAAACCGCGUAGCAGUAUGUGUAUAAAUUGAAGUUGAGAAUAACUCAAGAGUAGAAAGUCGCGAUUAAGUAAAUGAGGUUCAACGUACUUCGCUUAAUGUUGUUUAGUCGGACUGUUUUAUAAUUAAACUGAGUCAUGUAGACGCGAGUUCAGUGAUCCGGAGUGACAAGUCACGUCACUCUGAAAAGAAAACUAACUAUUAUUCUUGUUACUAUAGUUAAGUGUGUAAAAAACUUGAUGUUUUUCGUGAAAAAAGCCGCAGAAAUUUUACUCGAAAUUAUUUUUCUGUUAAUUCUCGUUUAAGAAGGAAGAAAUUUUGUUUUUUUUUCUUCUAUGUUUUAUUGUUUUUGUUGUUUUCAAAUCAUCCCAUCGGCGUACCAAUGAUUAUUAUUUAUAAUCGUAAUCUAGAGAUCAUAGAUGUACACCUAUUACUUGGAAGAGAAAAAUAAAUGUGUUUUACAUUUUUAA